UUUUCUAUUUUUGAUAAGAAGACAUGUUAUACUAAAUGACCAUUUAUGGUUUUAGUAUCAUUGAAAUGCUCUGAGGUGCUGAAAAUGAGGUCUGGAUGUUUUGUUAUUAAUAUGAAAUAAAUAAGGAAUUGAAUUUAUAGAAUGUAACCUAUACGAAAACAAUUGGUGGUCUGUACCCAUUCCGAUUGGAGGGUAAAUCAAAUGCAUCCCUCAUGCUCCCAAGCGUUUCAUCACCCAGAUUAUUUACAGAGGACAAAAUGACAGAAAAUAAAGAUACCGGUGACAAAUCUCCUACAGAUGGACAGGAAUACGUGAAAACUUAUGGAAAGACAGCAAACGAUGAUUAUGGUUUCUAUUUUUAUCCAAACAGAAAUCCAGGAAAAAUAGCGGAAGAGAAACCUGGCUUUCUUUCUUCUUUGAAAACUGCAGGACUUUGGGGACUGUGGUCCCAUGAUCCAAAAAAUAAUGUCAAUUGCAGGAUGUUAGUUCGACAAUGUGUAGAGAGAAAUAAAAGAGUACAGAUGAUGAUGAGAGCAUUAAAAACACAUGGCUGCCCAGUAGAUUUAGACAGACAUAUACAUUGUGAGCCGUGUAAGCUGAAGAUAAGUGGUGGAUUUGACUUCUUCACUAACCAGGUGGUAGUGUGUGAAAACAACAUAAAGAAAGAAGCACCAUGCUGUAAUGUACUUUCUCAUGAAAUGCUUCAUGCCUUCGAUAAAUGUCGGGCAAAAUUUGACAUCAAUAAUGUGGAGCAUCUAGCGUGUACAGAGAUUAGAGCAGCUAACCUGUUUCAUUGUUCAUUAACAAGUGCCUAUGUAAAUGGUGAAGCAAAGCCGUGGAAUAUCAAAGAGAGACAUAUGAAUUGUGUUAAACGGAAAGCACUGACUUCAGUAUUACUAGUGAGGAAUAUAACUCCUGAAGAAGCAGAUAAAGUUAUAGAUAAAGUGUUCUCAAGAUGUUAUAAUGACCUUGAACCAUUUGGUAGACGAUUGAGACUGUGGGCACGUGAUGAAGAAAGAAGUUUGUCUGAAGGAAUAUUGUACGGCUAUUUGGAACCUUAGCAGUAUGUCUGUGCUUUUUAGAGGUUUAAGAAAGAUUACAAAAUAAUUAUAAUAAAUAUGGAAAUUAA